AUGAAGAGAUUGAAAAAUGAAUCUCCUAAUUCUAGGAAGUUUAGGUUGUCUCAUUUUUUGUUUGGUGUUGGGGUUUUGUACUUGAUUUUUCUAUCAUGUAAUUUUACAAAGUUUCUGAAGAUUGUAUCAACUUUAAGUGGGGAUGAUGAGAGUGACAUUAGGUUAGAUGGGGUAGUUAUUGGGGGUUCUGAAGAUGCUGAUUUGACCAAACCUUUUGUUAGUGCUGUUUAUAAAGAUGCAUUUCAUAGGAAGUUGGAGGAUAAUAGGGACUUAGAUGCUCCCUUGAGGCCAAAAGAGGAACCGAAGAAGGAGGACCGUGACCGUGAAUCUGUGAAGGAUAUUCCACAUGGAUAUGGUAGGAUUACUGGAGAAACCAUGCUGAAAAUGAACCGAACAAGUGAAUUAUCUGUGCUUGGGAAAAUGGCAGAUGAGGCAUGGACAUUGGGGUUGAAGGCGUGGGAAGAAAUAGAGAUAGUUGAUGACAAGGAGUUUGGAGAAAGCUCUAUUGUUGAGGGAGGAAAGGCCGAGUCUUGCCCUUCGUGGAUAUCGAUGAGUGGGGAAGAGUUGUUGAAAGGGGACGGGUUGAUGUUUCUUCCGUGUGGGCUUGCAGCAGGUUCUUCGAUCACUGUAGUGGGGACUCCUCAUUAUGCUCAUAAGGAAUAUUCUGCUCAGCUUGCAAAGUUGAGGCAGGGUGAUGGAUUGGUUCCAGUUUCGCAGUUCAUGUUUGAAUUACAAGGGCUGAAGUCAGUGGAAGGAGAAGACCCUCCGAAAAUUCUGCACUUGAAUCCUCGGCUAAAAGGGGAUUGGAGCAAACGUCCAGUUAUUGAGCAUAAUACCUGUUAUCGAAUGCACUGGGGAACAGCUCAAAGAUGUGAUGGCCGGCCAUCUGAAGAUGAUGACGGAAUGCUUGUUGAUGGGUUUAGACGGUGUGAAAAAUGGAUGCGGAGUGACAUUGCUGACUCAAAAGAAUCCAAGACAACAUCAUGGUUCAAGCGGUUUAUAGGGCGUGAGCAGAAACCAGAAGUUACCUGGCCUUUUCCUUUUGCAGAGGGUAGAAUGUUUGUCCUUACAUUGCGUGCUGGUGUUGAUGGAUACCAUAUUAAUGUUGGUGGCCGCCAUAUGACUUCAUUUCCAUACCGGACAGGUUUUACACUUGAAGAUGCUACGGGAUUGGCAGUUAAAGGAGACCUUGAUGUUCAUUCAGUUUUUGCUACCUCUCUCCCUACUUCACACCCAAGUUUCUCACCUCAAAGAGUACUGGAAAUGUCAGAGACCUGGAAAGCCAGUGCCCUACCUAAACACACAAUUAGACUUUUUAUUGGAGUUCUCUCUGCUUCAAAUCACUUUGCAGAACGGAUGGCAGUUCGUAAAACAUGGAUGCAAGCAGCUGAAAUCAAGUCAUCAGAUGUAGUAGUACGGUUCUUUGUUGCAUUGAAUCCAAGGAAGGAAGUAAAUGCAGUGCUGAGGAAGGAGGCUGCUUACUUUGGUGAUAUUGUCAUUUUGCCCUUUAUGGACCGCUAUGAGCUUGUUGUGCUUAAAACCAUUGCUAUCUGUGAGUUUGGGACUAAGAAUGUGACUGCUGCAUAUAUCAUGAAAUGUGAUGAUGACACCUUUAUAAGAGUGGACACUGUCCUGAAGGAAAUUGAAGCUGUACCCCCGGAAAAGUCCCUCUACAUGGGUAAUCUCAAUCUCUUGCACCGGCCUCUCAGAAAUGGCAAAUGGGCAGUUACUUAUGAGGAGUGGCCUGAAUCAGUAUAUCCCCCUUAUGCGAACGGUCCCGCAUACGUAAUUUCCAAAGAUAUUGUUGAUUUCAUCCUAUCUCAGCAAAAGGAUAGAAAGCUGAGGCUCUUUAAAAUGGAGGAUGUAAGCAUGGGAAUGUGGGUUGAGCGAUUCAACCAUACAAUGACCACCGUUCAGUACUCGCACAACUGGAAGUUUUGUCAGUACGGAUGCAUGGAGGGCUACUUCACCGCACAUUACCAAUCACCAAGGCAGAUGGUCUGUCUAUGGGACAAAUUAUCGAGGGGUCGGGCGCGCUGCUGCAACUUCAGAUGA